AAUCAGAAGUAGUACGACCUCAAAUAGGUUCAGUAUGUUGCCCAGGAAGAUGAGUUUCAAUGUUUUCCUACGUCUUCUGAUUGCUCUUGGUCUCCUCUUUUCAGCAGUGGCAGCUGGCCAUAUUGUUACCAAAGAUGAGAAGCCAGUAGAUGAUUGCAGUGGUGUUCUUGGUCGACGCGGUAGCUGCCAUAGCUAUGCCGGUGAGCGUCGUGUGAUUGUGAGAGAUGAAUCAGUCCUGCCACAAACACUGGAGGACAAGGAAGUGGUGGCAGUGGUGGAGGUGGAUACGGAGGUGGCGGUGGUGGUGGAGGAAAAGGCAGCGGACAUGGAGGAGGUGGUGGACAAGGUGGAGGACAUGGAGGCGGCGGUGGACAAGGUGGUGGACAUGGAGGUGGCGGCGGACAAGGUGGAGGACAUGGAGGCGGCGGCGGACAAGGUGGAGGACAUGGAGGAGGCGGUGGACAAGGUGGAGGACAUGGAGGUGGUGGUGGACAAGGUGGAGGACAUGGAGGCGGUGGUGGAAAAGGUAGUGGACAUGGAGGCGGUAAAGGAGGUGGUAAAGGCAGUGGUGGAGGACAAGGAGGAGGCGGACAAGGUGGUGGAGGACAAGGAGGUGGCGGACAAGGUGGUGGUGGAUACGGAGGUGGAGGUGGCGGAAAAGGUGGUGGAGGAAAAGGAGGCGGUAAAGGUGGUGGUGGCGGACAAGGUGGUGGAGGACAAGGAGGGGGCGGACAAGGUGGUGGUGGAUAUGGAGGUGGCGGCGGAAAAGGUGGGGGUGGACAAGGAGGCGGAGGACAAAGUGGUGGUGGUGGAUAUGGAGGUGGUAGCGGCGGACAAGGAGGAGGACAAGGUGGUGGUGGAUAUGGAGGUGGUAGCGGUGGAAAAGGUGGCAGUGGAAAAGGAGGCGGUGGACAAGGAGGUGGUAAAGGUGGUGGUGGAGGGCAUGGAGGAUACGGAGGAGGCGGCGGACAAGGUGGAGGACACGGAGGUGGUGGUGGACAAGGUGGAGGACACGGAGGAGGUAAAGGAGGUGGCGGCGGACAAGGCGGAGGAUACGGAGGUGGCGGCGGACAUGGAGGAGGUAAAGGAGGCGGUAGUGGUGGAUAUGGAGGCGGGGGUGGCGGUUUCUAGACCUAGAAUGAGACUUCCGACCUCCUUUAUAAAAUAG